CCGCGGGCGGGGCGGCGCGGCACGGCGGCUCCACCGUGUGCAUGUAGAUGAGAUCCCCCGGAGCACGUCACUCCGCACCGGCGCUCUGCGUUUGGGGCGGCGGAGAGCGAGGGCGGGCGAGCGGGAGCGGCCGGAGGAGGAGAGGCGGCGGCGGCUCGGGAGGCAGCAGAGCUCGGCCCCCCCCGCUCCAUGCCGCGCAGCCCGCCGCGGCGCGGGCCCCGCGGGGCGAAGGCGGGCGCCGGGCGGGGAGCGGCGCGGCGGUGCUGAAGGACAGCUCCGCUCCGCGCCCCUCCGCGCCGCCCCGCGCGCCGGGGCGCGCCCCGUCGCAGGGUGGCCGCGGGGCCGCUGGCCGCCGCGCCUUGAUGUGCCCCCCGCUACCGCGCCGGCGGCUCCCAUGGCGGUGGCACGGAAAAUCAAAACUUUGUUGACGGUGAACAUCUUGGUCUUCGUGGGCAUCAUCCUCUUCUCCGUCUACUGCAGGAUCCAGGACCGCUCCCAGGAGCUGGUGCAGAUCGUCCGGAGCGCGGACCGCCGGGCCAGGAGCCGCGGUGCCAAGGUGGGCAGCCUGGCCGACAGGGAGUCCAUCCUGCAGCGUCUGGACCACCUGGAGGAAGUGGUCUACAACCAGCUAAAUGGUCUGGCAAAACCCAUGGGAUUAGUUGAAGGUCCAGGAGGCUUGGGCCAGGGAGGAAUGGCUGCUACCCUGAGAGAUGAUAGCCAUGAAUCAGAAACUAAGUAUGAAGAAUAUGGUUACAAUGCCCAACUCAGUGACAGGAUAUCACUGGACAGGUCCAUCCCUGACUACAGACCAAAAAAGUGCAAACAGAUGACCUAUACAGAUGACCUGCCCCAAAUCUCUGUGGUCUUUAUAUUUGUAAACGAGGCACUGUCUGUCAUCCUGCGCUCUGUGCACAGUGUCGUGAAUCACACCCCAUCACACGUGCUCAAGGAGGUCAUUCUGGUGGAUGACAACAGUGAUAAUGUUGAGUUAAAAUUUAAUCUGGACCAGUACGUCAAUAAAAGAUACCCAGGGUUGGUGAAAAUAGUGCGCAAUAACAAACGAGAAGGGCUGAUUCGAGCCAGAAUCCAAGGCUGGAAAGCAGCAACAUCUCCCGUCGUUGGGUUCUUUGAUGCUCACGUUGAGUUCAACAUUGGCUGGGUGGAACCUGCACUUACUCGCAUCAAAGAAGAUCGAAAGCGGAUCAUCCUACCAGCAAUUGACAAUAUCAAGUACAACACUUUUGAAGUGCAGCAAUACGCCAAUGCAGCCCACGGCUAUAACUGGGGCCUCUGGUGCAUGUACAUAAUCCCACCGCAGGACUGGCUCGAUAAAGGGGAUGAGUCAGCUCCCAUCAGGACACCAGCCAUGAUCGGAUGCUCGUUUGUAGUGGACCGAGAAUAUUUUGGUGAGAUUGGCUUGCUUGACCCUGGUAUGGAGGUCUAUGGAGGAGAAAACAUUGAAUUAGGCAUGAGGGUCUGGCAGUGUGGAGGAAGCAUGGAGGUGUUACCCUGUUCCCGCGUGGCACAUAUUGAACGCACAAAGAAACCCUACAACAACGACAUUGAUUACUAUGCAAAGCGCAAUGCCCUGCGGGCCGCUGAGGUCUGGAUGGAUGACUUCAAGUCACAUGUUUACAUGGCGUGGAACAUCCCCAUGGCAAAUCCUGGAGUUGACUUUGGAGACGUUUCUGAAAGAAUAGCUCUACGACAGCGACUGCAGUGCCGGAGUUUUAAGUGGUACUUGGAGAACGUCUAUCCUGAAAUGAGGGUUUAUAAUAAUACAAUCACUUAUGGAGAGGUUCGUAACAGCAAAGCUAGUGGCUACUGUUUAGACCAGGGAGCUGAAGAGGAUGACAAAGCAAUCCUUUACCCAUGCCAUGGAAUGUCUUCUCAGCUUGUCCGCUACAGCUCCGAGGGUGUCCUGCAGCUGGGACCGCUGGGCUCCACGGCCUUCCUGCCCGACUCCAAAUGCCUUGUUGAUGACGGGAAGGGCAGGACGCCUACCCUGAAGAAGUGUGAAGAUGUCCUGAGGCCAGCACAGAGGUUCUGGGAUUUCACACAGAAUGGUCCAAUCAUCAGCAGAGAUACUGGCCGUUGCCUAGAAGUGGAAGUGUCAAAGGAUGCAAAUUUUGGGCUCAGAUUAGUUGUACAAAGGUGCUCGGGGCAAAAAUGGAUGAUUAGAAACUGGAUAAAACAUGGCCGACACUGACUGCCGGGGCUCAGAAGUUGCCUCUCCUGCCGUUGUCCAUCGCUCAGUGUGCCAUAUCUUGCAAGGCAUUUGUCUUACAGAAAAUUAGUCUGAACUGGACUUGACUUGGCUCUCAAGUCCUCCAAAGUCUUUUCCUUUUCAAAGGAAAAAAAAAGAAGAGAAAGAACAGCAGACAUAUACAUGCCCUAUUUGACUCUCCCUUGCUCCAGUAGAUGACCUGGGAAGCUUAACAAGAGUUUUCUGUUGAUUUGGAAGUCUUGUGAAAAUCAGAACACAGCAGAAAAGUGGGUUCGCUAAGCUCUCCUAGAGAAAUUGGCAGACAGAUGUUUCUGUGAUGAGUUGAAAGGAGAGAUCCCAAUACUGCCUCAUAAAGAGAGUUCUCUGAUGGGUAGCUUUUUAGCUUUAAGUUAUUGACUGGUGCACAACUCCUAUGGUGAAUAAUCAUGUGCCUUUUUUAUUGUACUUCGUAUAAAAGGGGACUGGUCAAAUCCUACCUUUUCAGCAUGUCUGGUUCAUUGUACUAAACAAGAAGAUCUGUAAAUAACACUGGAAAUAUAAUACAAUAUAUGAUAAAUUUCAAGGUUGAUUGUUUAGGAGUCUCUGUUUCUAGAAAGAGACUGUUCUGCAAAUGUUUACAGGUGGUUCUCAACCUUCAAGCUGCUAAAAAGCAGCAUUUUAGAGACCUCUUCUAGUUAGACACAGGUAAAUGUUGAAUAGGUAAAAUAGCCACAUGCUCCAUGAUCUUGCCACAUUUUACAUUUCUUGGCUGUAAAGGCAUCACAAUAUAGUCCUUGCAUAUUUAACUCUUCUGAGGCAGUAAAUGUCCUAGUAGAGGGAUGUGUUUCUAGAGGCCUCAGUUUGCUCCACAAGGCCCGAGUUUGUAAGUGCAAGGUUCCUACCUGCAGUGCUGUGCAUGCAGGUGCGCUGUUGUGUUGUUCCAGAAACUGCCUGGAAGCUGGAUACUCGUGACUUCUGGAAAGAAGUUGACAGACUUAGGUGCCAUCUGUGGAAUGUAACAACUUAAAUCCUACAUUUCAUUACCCAUCCUGUGAAAAUGUCAAAUGUGAGCAAAUAUGCUUUGUGAGCACUGUCUGAUUUUCUGACCAAACCAACAAAGUCUUUUUGGUAUUUGAAGAACAAAUAAAAACCUAGUGAUAAGAAGGCAAAUUAGAGAAAGAACUAGGCAGCAUAUAUAAAUACUGUUACUCUGAAAUAUAAGUAUUUUAGUGUAGUUGACCCAUUGACAGCAUCUUUGUGAACCUGAAUUUAAUGAUGUAUCCAGUGGUUCACGCAGUAUCUGUGCACAGGUAGCCAGAGUAAUGACAAGGCCUUACCCAGAAAGCUGUCAAAGUUGAUGACCACCGUCAACGUCAGCAGGCUUUGGAUACAGGUCCAUGGCAGACAGCUUUUCAUUAGAGAAGAUUCAGUCAUACUGAAGGAGAGAUAGAAAUGGUAUCUGUUAACUUCACUGUUUAAUAUUUUAUAGUAAUUUUUUAAAGAAGUUUUGUUUUACUGAGCCAGGGAAACGGGUAAUUGCAGACACUGUGGUACUGUGAAUCUUGGUGAUCUGUUUCUUGAACAGCUUUUGCCAUUUCUAUUUCAAGGCAUGCUGAACAAAAUAGAAUGGAAAAAAAGUUAAUUUUUCAAAGUCAUGAUAUAUAAUAAAAUACUUACUUUUAACAUGCAGAAUCCAUCAGUUCUUGUCAACUCUGGGUUGGUAUCUAGAAAGCAUAUCCCUAUAUUUUGCCCCGAGUUUAUUUUUGAAAUGGAGUGUGCAAGAUGUAAUACAAAGCCAAUUCUCCUGGAGUUUAUUUGUGGCUCAUUGCUAAUCUUUAAAUAGUCACAUGAUCAGGUUAUGCAUGAAUAUAUACAAAAGAAUACAUCUGCGUGAGAGUCUAAAUACAAAAAUGCUUUAAAAUUCUGUGUUUAUGGUUAGUUGAACAUGCCCUCUUGGAUGGUGUAGUAAGACCUGCAGGGAGAGGGAGCAUCUUUAAUAAAUCAAGCAAUACAAUAAAAAAUCAUGGACAAUCAUUCAAGCCUUCCUGUCGAUCUUCAACAGGUAGGAAGCUUCAGGCUAAAUACAGAUUGUGAACAGUUGCCCUGUAUUUAACCUCCCAUUAGACAAUUUAAAAGGAUAGGUAUGAUCAUUGGAUCAGGUGUUGAACACUUUGUAGAGGAGUUCUAUUUCUAAGAGACUUUUCAUCUUCUCUCUAGAUAUAGUUUCUCCCUUUUAAACUGUAUGAAAGCUGUAUUCUGCUUUUGUUUAGUCUGAUGGAGUUUUUUGCCUUGACACAUUUGGCUGAGGGAGAUGAGCAGGCAAAAGAAGGGAAAGACCAGUUUGGUUAAACCAGUUGAGCUUUUUGGGGAGUAACAUCACAGUUCAUACACACCAUCUGUAGUCUUUCCAAUGAGAAAAUGGUAACUAUUUUAUAUGAAGAUGGCUGGAAACUGGAAGUAAUUAUGUAUCAGUGUGACUACUAAAUGCCUAUUAGGGUAUAAAGUUACUAUACUGAACAGAAGCAAAUAUGCAACAUGCUUUCCCCCUUUUUCUUUUCUUUGUCUUGAAUUACCAAUCUAUGCUUGAUCCUCAGUUAGCAGUGGGCCACCAAGUCUUUCAAAUUGCGGGUAAAUGAAAAAGGAAGGCUGAAUAUUUGGACGAACACCAGGUUUUAAAUUUACUAUCCUAAAAGAAAUGUUGCAUUUUUGGGUUUAGGAGAUUGGAAGCUGAGAAGACCAGAUAGAUGUGGCAAAGAUUUCAAGCAAGCAUGAUAAGCCUUCACUAUGACACCACCACCAUGAAUGUGAACUGGUUGUCUUGGAAUUUUGCUACUGCAAAUUUUGUUACUGCUUUCAGUGCACAGUGCAAAGCAUUUCGAUGUGGCCACACCAUCCGACAGAGAGUAGUCAGUCCUGGCAAGCCUGGAGUGCAGAGCCACGGGCUGCAGGCGGCUGGUGAGAACCAGACUGUCCAUGUAAGAAGGAAAACAGAGUUUCCUGAUAAAUAAAUGGCUCUGAGACUUACAGAAUAAUAUACCAGAGAAUCAUAGAAUAGUUAGGGUUGGAAAGGACUUUAAGAUCAUCUAGUUCCAACCCAAUAUAUAAGAAUUCAAAUAACUCUUAAAGGCAAAGCUGGUAUUUUCUGUGAUUGUUGUUUUUUAAAGAUUUACUGAAAUAAUUUCUUAAAUUUAAAGACUACAUCUGUUGGAUUAUUUUUACUUUAGUCUUUACCUGUAUGAACCACUGCUUUGGCUGUGGUAUAAACAUGGUGACUCUGCAUGUGAGAGGGUCUUAAAUAUUCUCUCAUAAAAGGAAUAAUAAUAAAAAAAGCCUUGAGUAUUAUCUGUUUUAAUCAAAGCCUAUGGGUCUUUUGUCAGUAUUUCAGCCCUUCGUAUAAUCUGAAGUCCUGCUUAAUGUUUUCAAAUUAACAGUCUUGUUUCCCACAGUGCAAGAAUCCAGGUAUUAUAAGUAUUUAAUGUAUGCCUUGUAGAGAAAAUUCAGCCAAAAAUCUUCAGUUGCUAUUUUGUUUGAUUUAGGAGAUUAUGGAGUUAAAUACUAGGUCCUAGGAUGGAAGAAUAGAAGGUGAGAAAGAAUAUCAAGUCUACUAUGCUGCUAGUAUACUAGAUAGUAUAGUUUUACUGGCAAACCAGUAAAAAUACUACUUUUGUAAUUAUGUCAAGAACCCUAAAAAUUAGUUGAGUCAUUUGGGAGGGGGCAGAAAAGCCUUUCUCCUUUGAGAGGCAUAAACUAUUUUCCAAGCUGAAUUAAUUCCUGGCCUGAUUAAAGCCACUUGUUACUCCACCAAAAUGUCCCUAGCUUUACUAGCUCACUGGUUCCUGAGGCAUGCUAACCUCCCAUGGGAGGCAGCCAAGAGGAAAAAAAAAAAAGGCUAAAAAAGAUGUUGUUGAAGGACCCGAUGGAUUCCUCUGUGAUUAUGUAAAGAUCUGUAUUGUUCUCACCCAUGAGGCUUGAGAACUUUUCAGGAUGGUAUGCAUCCAAAAAGCAAAACUCUGGUUCCACAGAAGCGAUCUAAGACGUAAUAUGGAAACAAACAACAGGUCUUCAUACGUGUUCUGAAAGUGUGGAACUAUCUUAUCUCAUUUAAAUGAAUAAGGUGGGGCUUGAUGUGUCUGAAGAUCAGAUCUUUGCAGUCCUUUCUUUGUAUUUCUUUUCAUCAGCCUGCUCCAUUUUAAAAACCAUGGUCUAGUAGAUGAAAACCUCACUUGCUGUGUGACAAGGGGUGUAAUCUAGCUGACACAGGACAGCUGCAAUUUUAAGCACUUAAGCUAGAGCUAAUAAGAUUUAAUGAAAUAGCACCAGUCCUAAUCUGUUCUUUAGAUCAAUUACACAGCAUGUAAUUCCUUGAUAUCCAGUAUUCAUUUGAAAUGCUUCAUUAACAGCCACAUUAAAGCACAUUAUGGCCUGUUUCGGGACCAAAUGCAUUGGGUUGUAAGAACUUUAAUAGAAGUUGGAGUUCAGAGGGAGUUUGGCAUAUUGCUAUUCAGUUAGGACACAAACACCUUUGUUUUUUUUUCAUGAAAGGCUUUGGGAGGAAGAACAACUGUCAGAAUUUGCUUAAUUGAAAAUGUUUCUAGCAACAAUACUACAUUUUUUACUACUGCUAUUGUGACUGCCUGCUGCUUACUGCUAAUCAAAGCUGAUGGUGAGGUCAUGCCACAAAUAAAAGAUGGUACUGCAAGUAGAAGAACCAGCUUCUGGUUCUAAGAAGCUGGGUAGAAACCAGGUCUUCACAUGUCUCCAGAUCUGGGUGCCACCAAAGUAAACUUACUGUUAUGUUUUCUCUGGAAAGAAUCCCCAACUUAACACAUUUUUGUAUUGCUUCACCAGGAAUACCUGUUCAAGAGGCCACUGUAGCCUGUACCUCUAAAUCACAUUUUGCAGAUACAAUUUGUUUUGUGUGUGUAUAUGUAAUGUUAGUGGAGUUAAGGUGAGAGCUGUUAACUACUGAACACAUAGAAAAUACAUUAGAUCUACUGAAGUGUGCGCAUCAUGCAUUUACAGCUUCCUGUGGGGUAACCAGGAUAUUCUUGAAACACUAAUGCACUGAGUGCAUUCUUCUGGAGAUGGACUCUGCUUACUUAGUGAACUGAGGGAGCUUGAAGAGUAAAUACUGAAAUUAUGUAGUUAAUGGUUCUCAGUGAAUUUGGCACAAAGUACAUCAAUAUUUACAUCUUCUAAAAAUGUAAUUAAUUAGCUUCAGGUUCACUCUUACCAAUCUCCCUGGUUUACUCUGAUAACUGUUGAAAAUACCUGGUCCCUAGCAAGCCCUGGGAUGCUUAUGCGUGUGAAGAUUUAGCUGUGUCCUCACAAUGCCCCAGCCAUCAAUGGUAUGAGAAAACUAUGAUAAACAGUGAUGUCUUCAGUACAUUGUAAUGGAUUUCAGAAUGGUUUCACAAAAUGCACCGACUUGUAUUACAAAAGCAUUAAUGAUAUGUAACUAAAGGUAUUGCGUUCAUGGGUUGCCCUAAGCAAAAACACUGAUAUCUUUGGCCAAGAAUACUUACUCAUAAAUAUGCCAGUGAAGCAGCAUCUGGCAACCUGAUUUUGAAGAAGAGAAUUUCUGAAUAAAGAGCGUUCCUCAAAGGCAUUAUAGAAGCACUUAAUUACUUGGCAUAGCGUUGCAGUUUUCUAUUGGCCAUCAACGAGGAUUGUGCAGUUUUCAAACUCUUUGUAAAAAGUUUAAUUUAAAAAAAUACUGCAGCAACUAGAAUGCAAGUUGUGACUGCAAAUCAUUUUUCAUUAUGUGGCACAUCAUCAAACCAAUUUGUAUUUACACUUGAAAAGAUAAUAAAUUACUAUGCAUUUUA